AAAUUGCAAUUAUUAUACGAGUGUCGAAAUAUUCAAAUGUACGUACAACACGCUAUCGAUUUCUCCUUUCUUCCGAAUAUCGUCCUCCCUGCGAUGAUCAAUCAAUAAUCUCUUUCUGUAAAAUCGUUUUUGCCGACUACUCCCACGAAUUUCCUGCGCGUAUGCACACACUCCACACAUCCGUGUUCGUCAAGUUACGAGUAGAAACAGGUUUCGUUGCUGCUUAGUUCGUCAACGUACGUUUUCUUUCGUUUUGUUAUAAUCACCGAUUUCGAUUCGUCCUCAAGAUUUUUCUAGGAUGGGAGGGCACGGAGAAUUUUGUACCCACGGCUGCGAACAAUCGGUCGUCCCGUGAGAACGCGAAAAGAAACAGUCCGCGAACAUACUUAUCGGCAGUUGAUCUACGGACAAAACCAAGAACCAAGUUCUUGCCGGUUUAAAACAAUGGUGCAUCCUUGUCGAGCGUGUUAUAUCGUUAUAGAUAACGUAGAUAAUGCGCUUCCGGCACGCACAAUACGUUUCGUAUACACUCGCACACGAACCGCCAUCUUUCUAUCGAUUCUCCUUUCGAUUCUCGAGCGUGUAGGAAUAUCGUUACUCGAAGAGCGUAAACUAAGUAUGCGGGCGUGUCACAGCGGCGAGGGCGGGCAGCUACUACAAUAACAGUAUAAGCAUAGCUUCGCCCAAAUUUUCUCUAAUUUUUCCUUACGUCGCGCGUACCUAAUACAUAUGAUAUACGCAUUACGGAGAUGGAAAGAAAUCUCGUAGAGACUGCUCUCUGUCGCUCAUCGUCACGCGCUGCUUCACAUUGUUUUCUUUCUACGUAUGACAUUUUCGGCCUAUGCGCGCGCUUAACUUUACGACAGCGUCGAGUUCAUCGAAAACGACCAUUCCUUCCAGAGGUCCUUCUCCCACUUUCGCGGUAAACGUAGAUACGUAACGUAUUCUAAUAUUGGACGAGACGUCGAUGUCAAAUUUUAAUCGAGAGGCUGACACUUUUAUCAGGGAAUUCUUAACGAUGGGGCCGAAUAAUGGCAUUGCCCGUGCGACGAUGCGACAACCCAUGCACUUAGACCGUGAUUACUCACCCGACUAACUCGUUAAAGGCGUCGCUGUGAUCGAAUUAAGGUCGGACAAGAGUGGAACUUUUCUCGCCAUGAUUAAGUGGGUCGUUGCUAAAACGUUAUUGGUUGAUUAGCUUUAUCCAUGCUACUAUCGGACGGUGUGUCCCUUAUGUUUCUCACUUUGACUGUGCCUCUCGCAUUUCGUAUUCUAUCGAACACGUACCAUUUUGUUCUUUAGUGCAGAGAACGUGUCGUCGCGCCAUCAACGUCAUCGUAAUAGUCGCCGUCAAAUUUAACCCGUGAAGAAGUCAGACGGAGAGGAUCGAAGGAAUAAUCGUGAAUCGUGUCGCGUCAUCGAUUUCACCCAUGGUUCUUUCGUGUAACAUUUUAUCUAGACGCGGUCGAUCGUCAAAAGAUCGAAACGAUAUGUGAGAAAUAUUCCCUGUUAACUCGGAACAAACGAACGAUCGAAUGACAGAGCACUGCCAUGGAUCUUGGUACUUUCGUAUAAUAUCUGAAAAGAUGAAUGCCCCGCCGCCGGUAUACGCAUCUUCCUGCCCUACGUUGCAGUCGAACCUGUCGCUGCACAGUUCUUCCUACUACAGUGAAUACAGUGGAGCUGCGAGGAGGCGAUUAUCGUCGACGGGAGAGGCAGACACCUCGGCCACGUCUAGCUAUGAAGGUAGCGAUAGUUCUGAAAACAGCGACGAAUCGCGUUUGGAGCCAGUGAGCCAGAUGGAACGGGAACAACUCGAAACGUUUUUCAGGGGUUUGAAGUCUCAGGUGUUCGUUUGCGAGUCGUUGGCCAACUUGUAUCUGGGAAGCGCGUCGCAAACCGAAAGAUGGGAGCUUCGGUUUACCGGCAUACCCGUGGUAGUUUUGGAUCUUGGAGAAACCCGAUCGAGAUCCAAGAGGCGGAUUCAAAUUCUGUUGGCAGAACGUGGCACUUGUUUUACUCUUUGGAGGGAGACCAUCGACAAUUUGUCGUCGUACAAGGUAUCGGGCCCGGCUUUUCAUACGAUGUGUCUUUCGUCCGAUCACACGCGCCUCGCGGGACUCAGCUUCGAUAAUCCGAAAGCCGCGAACGACCUUUGGCAACACAUAGAAAGACUCGUUUCUUGUCCAGAGAACAUUAGUCUCUCGAUACCAGGGAAGAAAAAGAAGAAGCCCGUGCAGAAGAAAGUGGUUUUACCGGCCAAGAGUAAUAUCAGCCAACCCUGUCAAUUUCAGCACGUAACGAGCGUCGACGCUGCCGAUCGAUCUCGAUAUUUUUCCCUUCAAACUAUGGUGCCGCCUUUGAACGAGCUAGAAAAUUCUUUGGAAGCAAAUUUUUGAGAUAACGAGAAGCCGGGCAAUCGUUCAGAUUCGUAGAGUUGUUCAGAUUCUGUCGCGUUGCUCGUUCAUCUAUUGCGCCUAUGUUCUAGGCGGAUCUAUGUAUCCGAUAAGAUAAGAUUACCUGAAAAAUAUGGCAUAUACCCUUCGAGCUUUCGAGGACGAACAAAAUCAGACGAUUUGCCAGAUCUAUCGCCUUUCUACUGCGUUUUAUCUCGAUAUAUAAUAUCGCAGGAGAAGAAAGCAAAAGGAACGUAUCAAUUGAUCUUUGUUCUUCUGCCUUUUCUCUUCUUUUUUGGUCUUCCUUCUUUUCGUAAGACUAAAAGGAAAAAACAACUAAUCAGAAGAAGAAGAAGAAGAAUCGUUAUGAAUCUCGAUCGCUCGGAGAUGCCUGAGAAGCAAGAAAUUCUCGAAUCGAGAAGAAGAAAAAUCAAAACAAAUAGCCUAUUAUUCCUUCUACUAUAAUCGUAACUUUCGAAGGUUUGUGUUCUUAAGAAUAUCGUUGAAUUCAACGAUUUUGCUCGAAGAAGCACAACCCAUGGUACAUACAACAUCUCGUCUUUGAAAUACUUGGUGCGAGUUUAAGAGUUUAUUUAAGAGUUCUUGUAAUAAUAUUCUCUUGGAAACAUUUGGCAUCCAUCAUUAACGAGCGAUGCCACGCUCAUUUCGAUCGUUGUCUUCACAUUUGUCGUUAAAGUUCGCUGUAGUUGUAUCGUCAGUGAGUUUUAUGCGGCACGACGAAUUAAAAUGUUAAUGUUAUAUACGAGUCGUUCUGAAAUUUAAAAAAAUUCCCGUUUGAACAAAUUCGAAUGAAUUCAAUACAUGUACGUACUAUAUAUAUAUAUAUAUAUAUACUAUACGUAGUGUGGGUGGGAUAUAAAACACGAGUCGAGGGAAGCGAAAAGAAAAUCGAAGGCAUUUUUCAGAUUUUCUGGAUUUUUAUUGUGUCGCAUCCUAACGGUUUCACGACAAAAUGCUUCCUUUUUUAAUAACGCGUUCGAAUGCUCAGCCAAGAAAUUUUAUCACUCUUCCAACGUAAUGCGUAUCGAACUAACGAAUUCUGUCCGAAUAACGACUACGAUAAGACUGGUUUUAUCAUUCGUCCUAUAUUUAGAAAAACGCGUUAAACAUAGACAUGAUAAUGAUAAUAGCGUUAACACGUAUCUUCGUUAUUCGACGUUGAUCGUUACCACUAACCGUUUUUCGACAUGGGACUUUUGCUGCUAGACAGAGUUUAUUAACGUUAUUGGCAUCGAUUAAUAGGGUGUGAAAAAAUGAUGGAAGAGAGAAGGAAAAAGAAAAGAGAAAGAUAGGAAAAAUGGGAAUGGAGAAGCGUGGUUAAACAGUAUGUUUUCUGUUCCAAAGAUGCGUAGUGUCGUUGUUGUCAUCGUUAAAGCGUAUCGUAUAAGGAAUAUCAAGAGAAUAAUUAAAUUGUUCGCGCUCAAGCAUACCGUUAAUCUAUUUAUCGGUGAGAAAUAACUAUCGAACGUGUUUGCCUGCUUCAAAUCACUAGGGAUUUUCGGUGAUGAUCUCUAAACACUUGAUUGUAUGUACGAAAUAACUUCGAUAUCGACUAACGUAUUGAUUUCUUUGUCUACGACUGUGAUAUAAAUAUAUUUGUAUAGUUACAUUUACGUAAUAUGUAUCCGCAUUGGUUAAUCAUUUUGAUAUGUAAGUUUACGACCAUCGUUUCGCAUGUAAUAAUUAUGCUAAUAAAUAGUAAGUUUACGUAAUA